UUGUUGUUGUCUGAUUUUUACGAGCCCGGGCCACUGGAUAUCGGCACAGUCUGCGCCAGCCAUAAGCUACCCGGGUACCAAGGUGAAUUGGAGGAGGCUGCCGGUGACAUACGUCCCGUUCCCCCGAGUCUUCUUCUAUACCAUGAGCUCUGGCUCUGCCCAGGAUGCGGCGGUCGAGCAUUUCCUGCGUGACAUAGAGAGGCGGAGCAAGCGGCUACACUGCGCUGUGAUUGGCUGCGAGGAGGAGCGACCCCGCAGCGACAUGAACCUGCUGUAUCGUAAGAGCCGUUUGGACUGGAGGCAGAGGGACCAAGAGGGAAGCAAAAAGAGCUCCAAUCAAAACGACCCCUCGGCCACGGUUGGCAAAGUCAGAGACUUGGCUUCUUUCCGCCGGCACUUCCGGAUGGGUUUCAUGACCAUGCCGGCCUCCCAGGACCUGUCCCCUCACUCUUGUGCCUCCGCUAUGGCGCCGCGCUCGCAGUCGUGCCAUGCGGUCUGUGCCGGGGACACGGGUCUGGAAAACGGAGAUUACUCUGACACCCAGUCCCAACACUGUGGCCGCUGCCCACCGACCAAACCCAAACGCCACCCCAGCACUCGCCUCAGCUGCUCAUCCACUGACGGCAGAGGACUUCUUGACACACCGCCACCCCUUGCGUCCUCUCACUCACAGGCCAAACACUCAGAGAAGAAAAACGCCAUGAAGAAGUCUGACUCUGGAGAUGUCGGCGGAAAGAAGCUGCCUCCUUUAAAGCCCAAGAGAAGUCCCAGCACCCAGCUUUCCUUUGACCCUCUCCCUCCACGUGUGCCUCCUUCUGCCACAUCCUUGCCUUUUCAGGCAUCGGACUCUCAGAAUCAGACGGGGGACGGAGAGGAUGAGCCGGUCUAUAUCGAGAUGGUGGGCAAAGUGUUCACGAGAGACAGCCAGACGGCCACGCCCCACCCUGUCACACCCGUGGCCACCACGCCUGACUCUGACUCGGACCAGAGUGAGGCCAUCUAUGAGGAGAUGAAACACCCGCAGCAAGAGGACAGAGACUCCCACAGACGCCUCCCUCACAAACAUCAUAAACUGAAACACUCUAAACACUUCCGUGUCACCCCUUCCUCCUCCAGCAGCUCUUCCUCUCUGCCACGCCCCUCCUCUUCCUCUCCGUCCUACUCCAAAUCCAAAGCUACCGUGUCGAUCUCCCAUUCGUCUCCUCUCCCUUCCUCUGUGUCCUCCACCCCUGUCCCCCAGGUCCUCUCCACUAGUCCACACACCCCACGAGCUCCUACUCCCUACCUGCUAAAAGGGACGAAAUCCGAGUCAGAGUUCAACACGAAGAUCCCGGCCCCUUUCCCCAAUCUUCUACAGCACCGGCCCCCACUGCUUGCCUUCCCACAGCCUGCAGCAGCCUCCAGCGGGGUCGGGGUGCAAAACAAGUCUGCGUCUGCUAAAAUGGGAACUCAAACAUCCAGCGUGACAACUCAAGCCAGCACCUCCUCCGCAACUUGUUCGAAUGUCCCCUCGUCGCUGUCGAGCUCCAAGGAGUCGUCGGGAGGAAGUGCGUCUCAGCAGGACAAACACGGCAGGGAGGCCCAGUUGGGCCCCGCUCCCGGACUGAGAGCCAGGAGCCACUCCACACCUCUGCCCCCCUCUUCCAAAUCCACCUCCCCUUUCUCCCAUCACCACCACCACCCUCACCAUCGCCCCUCGCACUACCACCACUAUCGCAAGCCAGAGAGAGGAGACUCUCCCGCUCCACUCAAGAGCAGUUCUCAGAGCCAGGCCACCGUCCAGACCCAGACCUCCAGUACAGGCAGGGAGGGCAAGUCUGUUAGCUUCCUCUUGAAGUCUGAUAAAGGAGAGAGGGACAAAGACAGAGACAGGGAUAGGGACAGAGACAGGGUCAGAGACAGAGACAGGGACAGAGACAGAGAUAAAGAUAGGGACAGGGACCGAGAUAGGGAUCGGGGUAGAGACCGAGACAGAGACAGAGACCGGGACCGAGACAGAGACAGAGACCGGGACAAGGACAAGGAGAAAGACAGAGAUAGGGAUAAGGACAGAGAAAGAGACAGGGAUCGAGACAGGGAUGGAGGGCCGUACUCCUUACAGUUGGAUCACGCCCCGUCCACGUCUAAAAGCAGCACCAGCUCAACCCCGACACCAUUAUCUUCAUCCCAGCGUCCUCACUCUCGACCCCAUCUUCGCUCUCACACUCCUCACGGCCUGCCAACAUACAAGCCUCCCUCCUCGGACAGCCCCCUGCUGUGGACCUACCCCUCCGGGGGCUUCCGGAGACCGCCGGCUUACGAGAGCCUGCGAGGAAGCUCUCAGACGCCGUCCCUGCAGCAGCCCUCAAGUCUUCCUGGUCUGGGCGAGAGGGUAAUCAAGAGCAACGGAGGGUCUUCCUCUCUCCAUUCUAAAGUGUGCUUCAUGCCCUGGGACAGCAGUGCCAGCUUAGCUGCAGAUGAGGGAUCUUACUGGCCUAUGCAGAGGAAAUUGUCCUUCAGCCAUGGGAGCAGAGAGACAGAGAAGGACGAAGGGCGUGCGUGGAAUGGCAGUGCUGAUGCCCUACUAAGGAUGGAUAAGGAGGACCUUGGCACGGGGUCUCGAGGAGGCCACUCCGGCAUCCCAGUCCACUUCAGUGGUGCCACCAGCAGGUCGCUCGGUCACAGUGAGUCCCUCACUGGUGUGGACAGCAGCCCGGGGUUCAGAGCCCUGCCCAGAGCUGGUCUACCUCUUCCCUGCCAGACUUUCCCUGCCUGUCGCAAUGGAGAAGUGGGGCGGCUGGGCCGCUCCUCUGCUGCUGGAGUGAGACAGGCGGGUGGAGGAGACGUCCAGAGACAGAGCAGCCUACCAGCCCGAGAAGCCCUGAAUCAGCGCCUGUCUUCAUGCGGCUGGUUGACCCUCCCUCCGCCUGCACACGUGGCAGCGCUGCAUCCUCGUGGCCGUCCAGAGGAACUGCAGUUUGACUCUACAUGUGCUAGGAUUGGUUGCACUGCAGACAGCACUGCAGUGAUAAUGCAGAUUAUGUCUCAAUUGAAAUACUAUAAUAUACAAAAAUACAACAUAAAUUCACAUAUAUUUCUCCAUUGUGUUCAGCGGCAUGGUCUGGCCCAGCCUCAAGUGCCCUGCAGUCCCAGCAGUCCCAGUGUGUCUCGGCAGAAGCAGAAACUUCAGCUCCACCAGCAGCAGCUGCAGUUAAAGCAGCAGCUCCAGCAGCUUCAGCAACAGCACCACCUGCAGUUGCAGUUCCAGCAGCUCGCCCAGCUGGCGCAGGGACAGCCUCCUGUCAGCGGGGGCACCACCCAGUCCGCAGCGCAGAGCCAGAGAGACGGUAAGCUGCUGGAGGUCAUCGAGCGUAAACGCUGCCUGUGCAAAGAGAUCAAGACCCACCGGCGUCCUGACAAAAGCCUGUACAAGCAGGACAGCAUGCCUAUCCUCCCUAGUUGGAGACGGACACCUGAGCCUCGUAAGACUGGCAUGCCACCCUGCCAGAGGCCGCAGGCCGUCGUGUGGGACACAGCUAUCUGAGGCCUGCGAGUACAGCGCUGAAGAGAGAUGAGUUGAUGAUGGAUGAACAAUUGAUAAGAGAGAAGAGCAAAAUGGGUUUAGUAACGGGAACAGACAAUGACCACAGAUGAACAAGCGAGUUUUGUUCUUACUGUGUGAGAAACUCAUCGGAGAACAUUAAUGAAGAUUAUUGGAGACUUCGAACUUAUUUGGUAAAAAAACCCCCGAAAAACCCUGAGGAAAAAAAACAGGUUUUUGAAAGAGGUGGAGACCGGACGUAUUACAAUCAGACGAAAUUAAUCUCUGACCCGGGUGAUUUCUACUUGUUCUGUACUAUGUCCUUCUCAAUGUGUUCUAAUUGCCAAUGAUUUUUUUUGCCACAAAACACCAGUAUUGCCACACAAUAAAGAUGCCAUCAUAAGAAUGGGUGGGAUGUUUUCUCAAAUUGGUGUUGCCAAAUUUCCUCCUGACUACUUGAGACAUAAAGGGAUCAUACAUUUUCUCCAACAUAAAGUUGUCCAACUUGCAUAAAAACGACUGCGGAUGAGAAAAGGCGAGACUCAUUGCUAAGUUAUUGAAGUGUUUCUUGAAAUUGUGAAUGCUUAUGAGAUGUCUUGGGAUCAAUAGAUUGUCAUUGUGGAUGCAAAUAAUCAUCACUGAGGAGUAAAAGCUACCGACUGUAUCUGUUUGCAUAUUUGUAAUGUAAAUCUAUUUACUUUCUCAACGUUUCUGCAAUUUUAUAGCAAUAUGCUCUGGACGCUGGAGCAACAUAAUUAAAGACUUGUGUCAACUAGCCUAACAUACAUAUCUAAGACUUGAAUAAGUCAUAUUUACUGUCAUUCUCUGCAUGUCACAAUAGACAUACAGCAUUGUAAAUGAAUAUGUGUAGAGAUGAUCAUGUCGGACUUUUACAUACAGCAGAUAACACGUGGUUGUAUACAAAGAUGAAUAUUUCUCUUGGGGGUAUAUUGUUAGGGAAGGGUGUGCGACCGAUGGCACAUAGUGUGUGCAGUCCAGCCAAAUAUAGAUACAGAUCAAUGGUACACAAAGUUCAUCGCCCAUGCUUAUCCACAGUUGCACAUUAGUGAUUGUUCCACCACACAGGAAAACAAGAACUGACGCCCAUCAACACAGACAAUAUGGUGCAACUGAUAAGACUGAGUAUUGAUCACCUCAAACAGAAUGCUGGAACAAUCUGCACAAAACAUGGUAUAAAAGUAGGAGAAAUUAAACCCUAAUGUACUGUAAAUAGAUAUGUACAACUGUAUUGAAAAUGUAGCAAUUAUUUCCAUUUUCAUACUUGUAAUCAAUACAUAUUAUGUAGCAUAUACUGUAUAAACAUAACUUUGUUCACUUGUUUUUUCUAAAAGAAUUAAGUACUUUAUCUGCUGCAGCCAGUCCAUGCAUUACUUAUAGUUCGACUAAACAGUAAGCCCUCUAGAGAAAGGCAUGGUCCAACAGUUUAUUUAAAUUUAUGCAAGACUCCCUUUAAGCUGUGUUAUUGUUUUAUUUAUACCCCCUUUUUUCUACAUUAAUUUUUAUUUGUGUACAGAUUUCAACAGCUCGUGGUCUUGACAUUUUGAAUACUUUGCUGCUAUCUUGAACUACUGGUGUUGUUCAUUCAACCACACCGUGUUACCAUAAGAAACAUUAAUAGAGUGGUUAUUGUUACAUAUUUGUUUUAUUUCUGAAAGCUACAUGAAAUGAAGUUUGUACCUUGAAGAGUGAACCCUUCUGUAAUAUUAUUAAGGCACUUGAAUGUC